UCCCUUGACGGCAAGAUAUCUUUCAACGGACCUUGCAACAAGCACGAAGUAAGCAAUCCCAUAUGUAGUCAUCAUUAUUAUCCUCAUCGACAACAUGACAUCGGCCGGGUCUCACAGCACUACAACAAAACAUCCCCCCAAUUCGACGCCAUAGGUGUCUCAAAUUGGCAAACGCGAACGGUUACACUUUUAGAGUGCAAGUUGCGUACCAAAGGACUGGAUGACUUUGGUCAGUUCAUGCAAGAAGACCUGCGUCUUCUCUUCCUCUUCAAAGAUGAGGACGAUAUCGUCCGCAUAUUCCAUAGCGAUAAGGCUAUAUGGACACCAGGGUUUCGGCUACCUUUCAGCGAUAGUCUCAUCAUUUCAUCAAUCACGAAGUUAAAUAGAAAAGAAGAGAGUGGCACCCUGACGGACACCGCUUUGUGUACGCUUUUGGAGAGUUCGCCGUACACUCUCACACGUUCGGAAGUCCGAAAAUACAGAAAGCUUAUUAUGUUCACUAAAUUCAAGGACAUUACUUGGUGGGCAAGCGUAGCAAGAGGAACAGAUCGGUCAACUGAAUCGAGUGCGUCUUGGAAAUCCAGGAACACUAGAAUCCUUGAUGAAGAAAGGGUGACAGCGGCUGCUGCAAUCCUAUUUACUCUGAGUGCUAGCUUUUGCUUGCCCAAGACAAUUUCUGUUGACCGUCCAUUCUUAUACUCCUCGUAUUUCGAUGAGGAAGGAGUGACAGCAGCUGCCGCAACCGUAUUUAUUGUGGAUUCCUGUCUACCCAUGCAUAAGACAAUUUCUGUUGACCAUCCGUUCUUCUUCGCCCUCGUACGUGAUUCCACAAUGCCUGUGUUUGUUGGGCAUGUUGUUGCACCAAACAGUGACUAA